AUGCUCAUCGGAAUCUGUGGCGGCAUCUGCUCCGGCAAAAAGACCGUGGCUCAGUACUUGGUCGAGCACCACGGCUUCAAGCUGCUCCGUCUGGAGGACCCUUCGUCGCCUCCGCCACGGAACGAGUCUCCCACAUAUACCGCAUACAGCGAGACUCCCGCGUACAACGAGCCACCGGUGUCGCAGCCGCAGUCGACGCCCAGGAGCCCGGCCCCGGAACCCGCGCCGUCCACCGCGGGUCACGACGAUUGGGACUCCCAGCCCCAGCCUCCCAAGAAGAAGGGCAAGAAGAAGAAGACGGCGGGUCUCCAAUGCUUCGUCUGCAAACAGGAGGGCCACACCAAGACCGAAUGCCCCCUCCGCGCCCAGGACACGACCGCCGUCGCUGUCAACGGCAACGGCAACGGCAACAGCAAUGGCAACGUCACCAGGGUUGACGAAAGCCCUGCGAGGGACUAUACCCCGCCCAUGAUCGUCGGCGCCUACGCCAUGGUCACGAGGCCUUCUCGACCCCCCCAGCCGCCACAUGCCAACAACAGCUUCCACGCACCGGCCCCCGGCGGCCAGGCCCCUGCCUCGAGCCGGCAGCAGCAGCAGCAGCUCACCUUCUCCUCCGCCGACGCCCUCGUCGACUUCGUCACGACCCGGUGGCAGUCCCGCUUCGUCACGACCGACGUGCACAACGAGGCCGUCCUCGACACCCUCUCGCGCCGGCCCUUCUUCAUGCUCAUCUCGGUCGACGGGCCCCUGACGGUCCGCCACGCGCGCUUCCGCGCCCUGCACAACCCCCACUGCACCCUCGAGUCCUUCGCCCGCGCCUCGGACAACCACCUCUACGACCCGGACCACGGCAUGCAGCCCCUCAUCUCCCGCGCCACCGUCCGCCUGCUCAACACCUCGUCCUCCCUCGCCCACCUGUACGCCACCCUCGGCAAGCUCCAGCUCGCCGACCCCGUCCGCCUGCGGCCCAGCUGGGACGCCUACUUCAUGUCCCUCGCCGAGCUCGCCUCCCUGCGCUCCAACUGCAUGAAGCGCCGCGUCGGCGCCGUCCUCGUCGGCCGCGAGAAGCGCGUCAUCUCCACCGGCUACAACGGCACGCCGCGCGGCCUGCGCAACUGCUCCGACGGCGGCUGCGCCCGCUGCAACUCGGGCAACUCGUCCGGCGUCGGCCUCGCCACCUGCCUGUGCAUCCACGCCGAGGAGAACGCCCUGCUCGAGGCCGGCCGCGAGCGCAUCCGCGAGGGCGCCAUCAUCUACUGCGACACCUGCCCGUGCCUGACCUGCAGCAUCAAGAUCUGCCAGGUCGGCAUCGAGGAGGUCGUCUAUGCCCACGGCUACAGCAUGGACUCCGAGACCGCCGCCGUCUUCGCGCAGGCGGGGGUGAAGCUGAGGCAAUACAUUCCCGCCCCCAACGGAUUGAUCCACCUAGAGAAUCUGGAAAACCUGGAGCUCUACUGA